GAAAACAUUAUACUUUGCUUAAAUAUUGCAUGUAUUAUUAUGACUGUUUGUUUUUUUCAAACAGAUAUUGUAGAUAACUCUUUUGAGAAAAGUCGUUCGGCAAAUAUGCAAGUUUACCGUUGCUAAACUAGUCUAUGUCCGAAUGCAGAAUGGUUCACAAAUUGAAAUUCAAUGUCGGUGGGCAAAUAUACAGCAUUUCUACGAAUUCUCUACAAAAUGGUCCGGAAUCUAAGUUGACACGAAUGUACCAGUCUGGGACCACCUUGACUGAAUCUGCCUAUAUAGAUCUUGACAGACCAAGAGAUGUGUUCGCUUCUGUGUUGGCAUUAUAUCAGACUGGAGAACUACAUUUUCCUAUGACGUCAUGUCCGGGAGCAUUUCUGAAUGAGUUAGAAUUCUGGGAAAUUUCACCGGAAAUGGUAGAAAGCUGUUGUUUUAAUAGAUUGCAAAGUUUUGUUGACGAACAGGAAACCUUACAGAAAUUCCGAGAAAGUCGCGAAGCAAGUAGAAAACAUUUUUGUUAUUCCAAUCAGUUUAUGAAGAGCUUUCAAUGCAAACUCUGGAAUAUCAUUGACUAUUCGAAGCCGUCUGCCUUUGGAAGGUUAUAUUUCAUGGUAUCUCUGUUCAUGGUUUUGCUGUCCAUAUGCACAUUGGCAUUCAGCACAGAUCCAUAUUUCCGAAGGCAAAUGUCAAACUGCGAGCGCCUGGAGUAUAUGGAGUCUUCCGGUAUGGAAAAGAUCGAAUUAGCUAGAAAAUGGCUGAAAGAAGAUUGCAACAGCGAUAAAUUGCCUGACCAUAGACCGCCUGUGUGGAUGACGCCACCACAUUUAGGAGAUACCAAUGAAUGCAACCCAAAAUUUCAAACGUCUGUAAAUAUAUUUUUACGAUAUAGAAAGGAUAGUGAUAAAAAUGGUGACAGUGAAAGCGUUGAUGAUGAGGAUAAUGAUGAGAACAGGUCGCAUGGUGAAAAUAUCAAUGAUCAGCCUACCGGAACCCAGGAGCAAGGAAACUGUUCUGAUGACACGCCAGUUUCUACGCCUUCAGAAAUCUCCAACGGAUCACAGAUGCCUGGGAUGAUGGGUGAAUACGUGGAAUUACCAGAUUUUGACGUACAAAUUUAUGCAUUUACUGUGCUCGAAGCAGUGACUGUAGUAUAUUUUACGAUUGACAUAAUACUUCGACUGCUUUUCUGUCCUUCUAGAAAAUGGUAUUUCUUGAGUAUAAUUAAUUUCGCCGAUAUGUUGGCUCUUAUUGGAUCAUAUAUACACUUUGUAUUAAUGCAAGUUUACACACAUGAAAAAUACAGGGACAGCUGGAUGGAUUCUCUGAGAUACGUACAGGUUUUACGUUCUAUGCGGUUGUUCCACAUCGUAUCUAAUGUCCGUGCUGGACAGGUUUUAGCCUAUACGGUACGGGAAAAUUUCAAAGAUCUCUCAAUUUUGAUACUGUUCUUGAUUGUUGGGAUGAGCUCCUUCGCUAGCUGUAUGUUUGUCGCAGAAGCAAGAGAAGAUUUCCAAAGUAUUCCAGUGGGUUGGUACUGGGCUCUUGUUACCAUGACAACUGUAGGUUACGGCGACAUUGCCCCUAAAACGGCUGUGGGAAGAGUAAUGGCCUGUUUAUGUGCUUUUUCUGGAAUAAUUCUACUAGCUCUUACUGUACCAAUUUUCGCUAACAACUUUUUAACACUUUAUCGAUUUGCCAAUUCAGAAAAAGCCGUGCAGAAAUUUCAGCAGAAAAGGUCAAAAGUUAAAACGUCACAAAAUGGUGUAAAAAUUCUUGGAAAUAACACAUUCUACUCCGGUGAGGACUAGUACUCCUAGGUAAAUUCAAGAGAUCCCUAAAAUGGAAUCCAUAAAUAUACAAAUAUGCACGUUAUAGCUCAGCUACUGUAUUACUGGGCAUUCUGGUCCUUAUUUAAAUUACUAAAGAAACCAUCGCAUGAGGAGUUACAUAAUCUAUUUGCGCAAUGGUGGACAGGUUAUUCAACACUAAUUUCUCACUUGUGGUGGCCUUAGGGGACUAAGUUAGAGGUAGAUUUCGUUGAUGUAGUUUUGAUAUUUAGAAAAAAUUGGAGAGAAGAUUAUAUCUGGUAAAGUAAAACUCAAUUUUAGUAUGAGAAGUAAUACCAGGUCAAAGUACUGUGGUUUUUAUGGGAUUAUGCGGUAAUCAUACGUGACAAGAAAAAAGUUCUCUUAGAAGAUAUAUGACCCUUCUUUCCUCUUCGUUUUAUGUAAAAUUUAGUAUGAUUCUUUGAAAUGAAACAGGGAUUUGUAUUAGAAAUCGGUCUAGAAAUAUGUGGCAACUAUGUGAAAAUUGUCCAUUAUAUAUAGAAUAUAUAUGAAAUAAUAUUUAGGUCCGUAUGACCUUAUUAAGACGAAAAGGUAUCAAGCCCAUGCCAUCAAGCCCAUGCCGCCUUGAGAGAAAUAUAGUCCGCUUUGCGAGUCUGUUUUAGAUAUUGGUAAUGUUUUACCUUCUUCAGUCGAUACUUUCCCGAGUCAUAUAUAAUACAAUGUAGAAUGCUCGUCUAAGAACACUAUCUACCUAAACGUGAAACGUUUUCGAUGACUAACUGUCUUAGAAAAAAGGGAGACUCAAAGACAGAAAGUUUGUAGGAAACAGACUUAUGCUUACAAAGAUGUCAAGGUAUUCUUUUUCUUGUCGGUCAAAGUUCCAUUACAGUCUUAUGCAAAAUGGAAAAUGGUGCAUUUUACCUUAAUGGCCUAUUUAUUUUACGUACUUUACACUUAAACAAACCCUCGUACCAUUGCAUAUUUUUUCUUGUUUUGGUGUUUCUUGUUGCCUGACAAUUAUUUUCGAUUAGCUAAGCAUUUAGAAGUAUAGUUAUAGAAAACCGUUGCAUAUAUUGUUGCCAGAUUUCUAGCAUUGUCAAGUUUACAAUCUUUCUAUCAAUGUUGUAUAAGCAUAUUUUUAGGAUGUUAUAUACAUAUAUUCAUAUAUCGUACAUUUUACUGCAGUAUUGCUGUUUGCGGUAUUGCUGUGUUUAUAAGUUAUUUUCAACACUAUAUAUGUAUUUACAUAUGAUUUAAGCGAUGUUUUUCAAUUUAUGUUUCCAGUUCAACUUCUUCUCGGCGAUAUAUUACCUUUUUGUUUAAUCAUUUUUCUUUGUUCUUGUUACGCUUGGCCUCUAUGUCAUACUUCUAGAGUAGCUGAAAAUAACUUUCUGUUGAGCAGGAUCUGUCGAUGUCAUAAAUGUUAUUUUUCUUCAUUACCUAAAAUAGCUUUUUUGUAUACUUGUAUAUGUAUAGUGCCUUUAUUUCAAUAAUUAUAUUGUGUUUGUUAACGUCAUUCCUCAUUUGAGAAGGAAACGAGAAAUUUGGUCCUUCUAAGGAGGGUGAAGUCAGUAAAACCUUUCAGACAUCUGGAUAAAAAUUGUCUAAACCCAUAUAUACUUUGGUUAAACUGAUGACAGAGUUUCGUACGAUGUAUUUCCUGAAAUGUAGUCCACUUUAAGAUACAUGUGUACUACACAACAUCAUUUCCAAUUUUCAAAGAAUUGAUUGAAAUAGAGAAACUGUAUUUAUAAUGGCUAAAGGUACGAAUUUAUGAUCGUAGGAAAACAAACAUCAGUGGUAAUAAAAAAUGUAUAUACAUACUAUAUUGCGAAUCAAAUCUCUCAAAAUUUUAUAAAAUUUGCUUUCCGCUCAAAUGUGCAGCGACAGUAAAAUAUAAUUUAGAACAGCAUAGUGCGUUUGCGACCAGCAUGGAUCCAGACCAGCCUCCGGAUCCAUACUGUUCGCUUUCAAAGCCAGUUCAAUUAGAGAAACCGUAAGUGAACAGCAUGGAUCCUGACCAGACUGUGCGGAAAUAAAUAAAAAAAGAAUGAAAACACCAAAUGUAUUUAUUCAACAGUUUACUUUUUUUAACAUCCUCAUGGACAGGUUCUACAAGAUAACAGAAUGUCACAUUGAAAAGUCACUACUAUAUGUGUACAAGGGAGGCAAUUAUUUUAUGAUUUGGGUAAAAAUUGAAGCAGUGAUUUGCCCUUAUGUGACAUUCAAAAUAUCAGCGCGGUCACAAUAAUGACAAUAAUUACAAUAAUGACUCAGUACUGAAAUUUCACAUUAUUAAGUAGAAACGUAGCUUUCAGCAAUGUAAUUUUUUAUUUUUAUUUCAUUAAAAAUGACAUUUAUUUUUAAAGUGGGGCAACUUUUUCAGAUUAUUUUAAGUAUCCAUCGUGCGUGACAGUACGGCAUAACAUGUAAUGGCCAAGUAACUUGUUGUUAAAGAUGUUGUCGUUUAUCUAAUAUUUCUGUGUUUAGAUAUAUGCUCCUACAAACCUUGAGCACAAAUACAAUCGCUAAUACAUA